UCUAGUAAUGGCAACCUACACUUGUAUCACUUGCCGAGUGGCUUUCAAGGAUGCCGACAUUCAGCGUGCCCAUUACAAAACUGACUGGCAUAGAUACAACCUGAAGCGUAAAGUUGCUGACAUGCCUCCUGUCACUGCUGAGAAUUUCCAAGAGAGAGUCCUAGCGCAGAGAGCCGUGGCAGAGGAGCAGAACAAAAUCACUGCCACUUACUGCACAGUUUGCAGCAAGAGAUUCUCCACCUUCAACGCCUACGAGAAUCACUUGAAGUCCAAGAAGCACCUGGAAUUGGAGAAGAAAGCUGUUCAAGCUGUCAGCAAGAAGGUGAAAAUAUUAAAUGAGAAGAACCUGGAAAAGGGGCUGGCCCCAGAGAGCGUAAACAAAGAUGAAAUGAACGCAGCUAUUCAGCAAGCCAUCAGAGCUCAGCCAUCUUCAUCUCCAAAGAAGACACCUUUACCUCCUAGUAACGUGAGCGGCUCUCCUGUUUCUACAAGAAGUGUCAGCUUAUCACAGAGUAGAGAGCGAUCGGAAAAACCUCCACGGCUACAGUGGUUUGAACAGCAAGCAAAGAAGCUGGCCAAACAGCAGGCAGAAGAGGAAGGUGAUAUGGAAGAUGACUGGGAAAGUAUGGAUUCUGAUGAAGACAUCGGCUCUGAGGACGAGAUGGAAAGUGUGGAAGAAGAAGAGGAGGAGCAGGCAGAAGCCGAAAGUGCACCUGCUGUUGGGGCCAUACCAGUCACAGACUGCUUGUUCUGUCCCCACCAUUCAAGAUCUCUGACAAAAAACGUGGCUCAUAUGACAAAAGCUCACAGUUUCUUCAUUCCAGACAUAGAGUACCUUGUGGAUCUCAGAGGACUAAUCAAGUACCUGGGAGAGAAAGUUGGAGUUGGGAAAAUCUGCAUCUGGUGCAAUGAAAAAGGGAAAUCCUUCUACUCUACAGAAGCAGUACAGGCUCACAUGAACGAUAAAAGCCACUGCAAACUCUUCACGGAUGGAGACGCUGCCCUGGAAUUUGCAGACUUCUAUGAUUUCAGGAGCAGUUACCCUGAUCACAAGGAUGGGGAAGAUGUGGCCGUGCCUGGAGAGCGCCCAGCCGAGAGAGAUUUGGAUUACGAUGAUGACACCAUGGAGCUCAUCCUUCCUUCAGGUGCCAGAGUGGGUCAUCGCUCUUUAAUGAGAUACUACAAGCAGCGGUUUGGUCUGUCAAGAACAGUGGCGGUUGUGAAAAAUAAGAAAGCAGUGAGUCGUGUGUUGCAGCAGUACAGAGCUUUGGGCUGGACAGGUCAGACAGGAGCGGUCUAUGCUCAGCAGCGCGAUAUGCAGUACCUGCAGAGGAUGAAGUCAAAGUGGAUGCUCAAGACAGGAAUGAGUAACAAUGCUACAAAGCAAAUGCAUUUCAGGGUGCAAGUCAGAUUCUGAGUUCCCAGGAGAGCUGCAUGCAACUGGUUUGGGGAAGGGGAAUUUGAUGGUUACUGGAUCGAGGAUUCUGGUUUUGAAAUGGACUUGG